AUGUGCAAGUGCAACAACCAAACAUGUCAUGUCAUAGGACUUGAUAUUUUCGGCUCUAGUACUCUUGGAGGUGAGAUAAGCCAUUCAUUGCUUAACUUAACCUAUUUGAAUCAUCUUGACCUUUCUAGAAAUUCUUUUCAUGGAACCAUUCCUAGUUUCAUUGGUUCCAUGACUCGGUUAAGAUACCUUAACCUUUCCUAUAACUCCUUUUAUGGAACCAUUCCUCCAGAGUUUGGAAACCUCACCAACUUGCAAUUACUCUACCUUGGAUCUAUUGGAAGCUAUAGAGUUGACAAUCUAGAGUGGUUGUCCUAUCUUUCUCAUUUGAAGGAACUUCAAAUGGAUGGGAUUUCCUUAGCCAAACAAAAUCAUUGGGUAGAUGUAAUUCUAAGUCUCCGGAAACUAUCACUAUUAAGUUUAAAGGGAUGCGAGCUCUCACAAGUCAUGUAUCCAUAUUCUUCAUUUCUCAACUCUUCUUCAUAUAUUCAUUCCCUUGAUCUCAGUGAUAACAAUCUUAACUCAUCCAUGUAUCGUUGGUUGCUCCCAUUAACAGGUAAUAACCUUCUCCAUCUUUAUCUCUCUAGCAAUAUGUUAGAUGGGAUCCCCAAAUAUCUUGGUAACCUCUGUGGUUUGCAAAAUUUGUUCUUCAAUAACAACUUUGUUGUUGUCAAACUUCCUGUUUUUCUCAACAACUUGUCAGGAUGCACAUCGCUUACAUUACGAGAGUUGUAUACUCCAGGAAGCCAACUUACAGGGUCAUUGUCCGAUGAGAUUCAAAAGUUUUCAUCCCUUGAAUAA